AUGGAGGUGCCCGAGGAGAUCCAGCAAUGGUGGGGGGAGGAGUGGAGGUUCUUGUGUCGCAUCCCAGCGACGGCGCUGGCGGCGUGGUGGUGUGGCGAACACCCUGACGCACCGGACUUCUGCAAGGCGGCGUGGCGGACGCAGUCGAUGAGGGUCAACAAGUCGAUGGUGAAACUAAGCGCCCACGCAAGAGGAGGGGAGAGGUCGAACCCGCGCAUCGUCGGCACUAUGGAGUGGGAGGCAGUCGACGAAAUCGGCGAGAAUCCAAACUUCGUGCUGAGCGAGAUGGCCAACUGCAACGGCCGUGCGAACUGCGAGAAGCCUGCGGAGGCAACAAGCAGUAAGGAGGCGGCCUGCAGAAAGGCACUGCGGUGGGCAGCAGACCUACGCGAUCUCCAAUACGUGUACCUCUGGCAUAAGGGCAGCCACGGCGAGCUCUUCCGCCCGGUCCUCGGGCAGAUGCGGAUGGCGCGCCACAUUCGGGCGGAAAUCCUCGAUCGAGAUGGACUCACCGAUGGCGGCACGGGACGCUCAACAACGGCCGCGAAGGAGGUGCUGCGCCUGCACAAGCGCGCCAAUGCAACUGGGACAGUCAGCACUGCUGUCGCGCCAACGCAGGCGCAAGUCACGAACAUGCUGGCUUACGCGCGGCGCCUACAACGUGAGAGGGGGCCGGACCUUGUGUCCAUACUGCAAGCAACGAUCGAGCGGCCCGACAUCGCGCCCACCGUCCUGUUCCCCACCGAAGGCGAGGAGACCAUCGAGGAGGCCUGGAACGAUCGCCGCCCCUUCCUCAUCGUCCUCGCGGCCCCAAAUGCGCGCAAGAUUGUUCGCGAAUGGGGCCAACGCGUCGUCGGCCUGGAUGGCCUCUACAAGGCUACACGAUACGGCCUCCCGCUCUACGCGCUAGUCGCCAGCGACACCGACGGCCACACGUGGCCAAUCGCAAUGGCCCUGAUGUCGAGAGACACGUCAGAGAUGGUCAGUAAAUUUAUCGAGAUCGUUCUCACGAACCUGGGCGAUGGCGACUGGCGCCCAAUCGUCAUGAUCGACAAGGAUGCUCGUGAGCGGGCGGCCAUCGUAGCUCUCGGCCUCGAAUUCGUGCUCUGCGACUUCCACGUGCAGCAGGCCUGGCGACGCGCUACAACCCGGUUCUGCAAGCCAGAAAAACGUGGAAAGGUGAUGGCCUCACUCAAGCGCCUACAGCGUGCACGUACGUCGAAGGACUGGGAUGAUGCGCUGGCGAAGCUGAAGAGGACAGGUGGCCCUGGGUUCUUCGCCUACUUCACCGCGAAUUGGCUUGGCGACGACUGGCGCAGCGGCUGGAGCGAUCUUCUUCGAGUCCUGAGACGCGAUGUCGGGCUUGAGAAUACAAACAACGCCACCGAAUCGAUCUUCAAGAUGCUGUCGUACACGUACCUCAACCGCAAGAAGGCUGCCUCGCCCGACUCGCUCGUGCUCACCAUCGUCCUCGGCCUGUUCGUCCAUUUCAAGAUGAAAUUCGAUCAGUUCAAGGCCGGAGCACGGCGGACGAUUACGACGUCGAAGAAGCGAAUGCAGCAUACCAAAGCGAACGGCGAGGCAACGCUGCACAAGCAUCUCGAGUCGAUCGUCGAAGUCGUGCCGCAGCUCUUCGCCAUCGGAAGCUACCACGUCAACACCGAUCUUGGUACCUGCUCGUGCCCCUACUACAUCUACACCGGUAAGCAGUGCAAGCACAUUGUGGCGAUUGCACUGCUGCAGGGAUUGGCGGACGAUUCGUACCCGACGUGGCUGCGCUGCAUCAGCCCCACCAUCUUCUGCGAUCCAACGGUCUUCAGCGACAACGACGAAGGACGAUGCGAGGCCCUGGGCAUCACCGGUCCCCCUGGCAGGCCGCCUACGCUGGAGCCGCGCCCACGCCGUCGCCGCAAGAACCAGCUCCUGAGCGAUGACAUCGUGCACGAGAUUGCGAACGAUGAGAGCGAGAAGGACGACGAGGACGAGCGCGAGAAGGACGACAACGACGACGAGGAGAGCAGUACCUUCAACAUCGAGCAGGGUCAGGAGAUGUCGAUUUACAUGGGGGCGGAGGAUCCUGCAACCAGCGAUGACGACAUCAACGACAACGAGAUUAGGAAAUUUGUACCGGCCCCGGCAGGAUCGAAGCGACCUCGCAUACCUAAGCGCCACUUCCCGGAGGAUGAACCGCCUCGCCCGCUACCUGCACGUCGAUUGGCUAAGCGCAAGAACAAGAAAGUUAGUGAGUAA